AUGCAACUCGCCGAGCACUCACUUUUUAAUAAUUCUAAAGAAUCAUCUGAAACAACAACAUCAACAACAAAUAAGAGAAAAUUGUUUGAAGAACAAGAACGAUUUCUCAAUGAUGACAGCGAUGAAGAACUCAACGAUGAGGAGGAUCACAUGUUUCAUUCAACCACACCAGAUAGAUUACCCUUGAAUGAACAAAAUGAAGAUGAAUAUAACCUAGGACGAGAGGAAGAGGACGAGGAAGAAAUUUAUAACAGCCUGAAAGACAUUCAAGAGCAAGAUAAUACAAAUCCACAAUCCAUUCCCGAAGAUAUUCUCGCAGAAAUGAAACGUCAAGGCAUUGAUGUGGAUCAACUAGGACAAGUCGAAAUUGUGGACGUGGGAGAACAUGGAGCGAGUGAGUUGGUGAAUUUAGAGGUGGAAAGAAGAAGAGCUCUCAUUGAAAAACACAAGCGAGAAAUUUACAUGACAAAGGAUGAACAAGAAGCUCUCAAACAAUUUAACUUUACAGUGGAAGGAGCAGGAAACAAGCACCGUGUUAAGGUUGCAAAAACAAAAAAUCAAAUUUCAUUCCUCGCCCAACAAGCAACAGGACGAGAAUUGGAAAUGGCUGAGAGAUUGGAAAAAUCGAGACAAAGCAAUUCCUCUGCAAAGAAGAAAUAUGGAUGGAGAUAA